AUGUUAUGUAUGUAUUCUGAACAAGCAGCAACAUCAAAAUUUCUUAAUUUGGUUGACCUGAAUGCUACUAGUGAGAAUUUUGGUUUCCGUGGGGAAUCUUUGGCUUCCAUUUCUGAAGUCUCUUUACUGGAGAUUGUGACAAGAACACAUGGAAGGCCAAAUGGAUAUCAAAAAGUACUGAAGGGGUGCAAGUGUAUAUAUCUUGGCAUUGAUGAUGAUGAUGAUAGAAAGGAAGUGGGCACCACAGGUAGUAAUUUUGGUGAAUCUGACAGUUUUUUUUUCCCUAUCUAUGAUAUAGUCUUUGACAUAGAUCUAAAUGCAACCUGUCCCAAUAAGGUACUGCAAUCAAUCAAGAAAUGUGUAAUGCGGCUUGCACUUGUGCGUCCAAAUAUUUCCUUCAAAGUUGUUGAUAUUGAAAGAGAGGAUGAAGUCUUCCGCACACAUUCUGCUUCUUCUCCUCUGUCACUUGUAACUAGUGGCUUUGGGGUUGAGGUCACAAGUUCUCUUCACUAUUUAGAAGUUGAGAAUGAUAUCAUAAAGCUAUCUGGAUAUAUAUCCAGUCCUUGCAAUACUUUAAAUAUGAAGGUCCUGCAGUAUGUCUGCCCAAUUCAUAAGCUUCUGAGUCAACUGGCCCUCAGGUUUGAGCAUCUGAACUCAUGGAAUACUGAUAACGAGUUCCGAAGCAAGAAAAGAACCAGAUGUCAGCCAUGUCCAGCUUAUCUCUUGAAUUUAAGUUGCCCCCGAUCUAUGUAUGAUUUGGCCUUUGAGCCAUCAAAAACUUAUGUUAAAUUCAAGGAUUGGACUCCUAUUCUAAACUGCAUUGAGAAGGCGAUCAAACAAUUCUGGGACGAAAACAUAGCUUCUGUAGAGCACUCCAAUCAAGCUGCUUACAUGGUAGAUGAUCAACAAGAGAAAGCAUAUGUCAACAUUAUGUCAGAAGUAUCAGAUAUAUCAAAGUUUCGAAACCAAAAUCAUAAGGAUUGCCUAGAUCUCUUCUUUUCUACUUCAGACAAGCUAAUUGAAGAUGAAUAUCAUCAAUCCGAUAGGGAAGAUGUUAGAACCUCCAUUGAUUACUCCGAGGCCCCGAUGUUCAAAGAGAAACGAAGUACAGGAGACUUUUUUUUUCAGACUGGUUAUUCAGGCAACUUACCGGAUGAUUCACAUGCCAAUUGCAUAUCAACUGUGAUGGGAAGGCAUAACAGUUUGUUGAUGCAUGAUAACAGUAGUUCAUUGAAAGGAGAUAACCUUUUUGAUGUUUUGGCCACAGAAAGUUUAAAUGAUGAUGUACCUUUUGAUGCACUGAGUUCUUCACAAGGAAGAAAAUUCCAUAAAGAAGCUGAUGUGAUCUAUGAAUCAUUUCAAGAUGAUUUACGUUAUAGCUACAAUGGGUAUAGUUAUGAUGUGAAUAAUAAUGGGGAUUUGCAGAAACCUUUUUUAAAGAGAUGCUCUACAGUAGGAAGUAUCCUGCAUGAGAAAGAUUUCUUUGUAAACGAUGCGUGUGAACUCCAAACUGAUAGCUUUUGUAGCAAGCAGAAUACAGGGGAGGAUUAUAGAAGUGGUAAGAAUUUAUGUGAUCGUCUCUAUCCAGAAGUGACCAAAAAAUUAAAGAUGUCUAAAGAUUCUGAUUUUCUUGAAAGAGUAUUGGCUGAAGAAAAUUGCUUCCCUCCAGAUUUAUGCUACUCAGCAUCACCAAUAGGAAGAUCUGGAUCAGAUGAUCAGUUAUUAAAUUUUGAAUGGCAUCCUAUCUACCCAAAACCCUCAUCUCAAGCACCUGCACUGGGUGUUUAUCAUACAACUGAUAUUCAAUAUGAUCUUGGAGGAGUAUCUAGACACUUUAAACGGAUCCAUCAUACAAAACGUUUUGAUGACAGAGGAGAAUGCAAUUUCAGCUACAAUAUGUUGAGGAAUACCAACCAACGACACUGUGCAUCAAGUUAUUCAAAUAUUGGAUUUAAUUUUGAUGUUGCUGGUGAUUCUGGUGAAAUAUUCAACAAACUAGUUGACUGCCCUGAUUUCAAUGGCCUAUAUUAUACAAAAAGGUCAGAUAGGUUAAAUGAGGAGCCUGACUGGCUGUUGUCUCAGUCAUGUGUUAAAAGCUGCAAGAGACCUAACAAGAAGAAAUAUGAAAUGGAUCGAUAUAGAAAUUCAACUUUGGAGCAAAAUCAUGAAAGAUCUAGAAGAAGCUUUUCCGCUCCACCUUUCUAUGGAAGCAAAAGGAGGUUUUUCUCUUUAAAUCAUCCUUCAGAAAUGAAAGCCAAAAGACAGAUUGACCCAGUGCAUAACCCUGCUUUCAAUCAUCAAGAAGCCAGUAAUUCUAAAUAUCCUCAACAUUCCCUUGUUGCUUCUCACCAAAGCACUAAAGAUCUCUUAUUGCAAGAAUUCAAAAUCAAUAUGAAACAAACUUCAGAGGUUAUGGAAGCUAUGGAGGUUAGUGACAUAACGGAGAGUGAAGAAUUUGAGAGUUUUAACAUUCAAAACAGUGAUUCAGUUGGGGAAUUGUUCUCUAAUGAUGUGCAAGAUUCGAUAGAUAUGACCUUUGCACAGAAGAAUGAUAAAUUGGCUAAUAUUCAAUGUCAAAACAAUAUACUUGACAUUUCUUCUGGAUUCUUGCAUCUUGCUGGAGAUUCAUUGAUUCCUGAAACUAUCAGUAAAAGAUGCCUUGAGGAUGCUAAAGUUCUGCAUCAGGUGGAUAAAAAAUUCAUUCCAGUUGUGGCUGGCAGAACCCUUGCGGUUAUUGAUCAGCAUGCUGCAGAUGAAAGAAUCAGGCUGGAAGAAUUUCGUCAAAAGGUAUUGUCAGGAGAAGCAAAAACAGUAACCUAUUUAGAUGCUGAACAGGAUCUGGUACUGCCAGAGAUUGGUUAUCAAUUACUUCAUAGUUAUAGUGAACAGAUUAAAGACUGGGGUUGGAUCUGCAACAUUCAUGCUAAAAACUCCGAGUCCUUUAGAAGGAAUUUGGAUAUUCUAAAAAGACAACAAAUAGACGUCACACUUGUUGCUGUACCGUGUAUUUUAGGGGUCAAAUUAAAUGAUGUUGAUCUUUUGGAAUUUCUUCAGCAGCUUUCUGACACUGAUGGAUCGUCAACAAUGCCACCCUCUGUCAUUCGAGUGUUAAAUUCAAAAGCAUGCAGAGGUGCAAUUAUGUUUGGGGAUUCAUUGCUACCAUCAGAAUGUUCCCUUCUAGUUGAAGAGCUAAAGCAUACAUCGCUUUGUUUCCAAUGUGCUCAUGGGCGACCAACAACUGUUCCUCUAGUCAACUUGGAGGCAUUGCAUAAUCAGAUAGCCAAGCUUCGACUAAUGAACCAGUCUUCAAGUGACAAGUGGCAUGGAUUACAUAAGCAUAAAGUAUCCCUUGAACGUGUAGCACAACGUUUAACUUCUGCAAGUGAAAGUUUGAAUCUAUGA